AGCGGGGCCGUGGGUGACACGUAAGUUGGGUGGGAGGUGGCGGGCGGCUGGAGCUUCCAGAUCAGUGACACCGGCCCACCGCCCCCCUUAACCUGACCAGACCAACCAGUCCCCAUCUCUUCACCAUACCCGAAGGACGUGCUAGGGGUCCCUGCUAGGAGCCAAGUCCCUUUGUUGGGCGCGCGUCCCCUACUAGUGGCGGCGACAAAGUCCAGCAGUGGGAGCCGGCGCAAGGGGUGGGGACAGUGAGGCCAAAAAGUGGGGAGUAGGGAAAACCGAGCCAGCCGGCUGCGCGCGGUACCCGUAGCAAGGGUAGCGGGCUCUGAAGUAUGCAAAGGGACUCCACGCGGGUCCAGCCACUCGCGGAGAUCGGACACCACAGAAGUUUGGUAGCUGCUGGGGUGGUGUCGAUGACCUGGCGCCCCGCUGCUCGCUGGGGCUGAGCGGCUGCCCCUUCCUCUCUGGUCCCGCUUUUGUGUCUCGCGUCUGCAGCUCAUGCCCAGUGCAGCUACUUCUCGCCGUGGCUGCUUCUGAGCUGUCCGACGCGGCCGAGGACCGACUGAGGACACGACGGCUCCCGCCGCCGCAGCGCGGGGCGCAGGAGGGACUAUGGGAAACGGGAUGUGCUCCCGAAAGCAGAAGCGGAUCUUCCAGACGCUGCUGCUCCUCACCGUGGUCUUCGGCUUCCUCUAUGGCGCGAUGCUCUACUUGGAACUGCAGACACAGCUGCGCAAAGCCGAGGCGGUGGCGCUCAAGUACCAGCAGCACCAGGACUCACUCUCUGCCCAAUUGCAAGUUGUAUAUGAACACAGAUCAAGAUUAGAGAAAUCUUUGCAAAAAGAAAGGCUUGAACACAAGAAAGCAAAGGAAGAUUUCCUUGUUUAUAAGUUAGAAGCACAAGAAACACUUAACAAAGGAAGGCAAGAUUCCAAUAGCAGAUAUAGUGCAUUGAAUGUCCAACAUCAGAUGCUGAAGAGUCAGCAUGAGGAGCUGAGGAAGCAGCACAGUGACUUGGAAGAGGAACAUCGUAAACAAGGAGAAGACUUCAGCAGAACAUUCAAUGACCACAAGCAGAGAUACCUGCAGCUGCAGCAAGAAAAGGAACAAGAGCUUUCUAAGCUAAAAGAAACUGUGUAUAACUUGAGAGAAGAGAAUAGACAACUCAGAAAAGCGCACCAAGACAUCCACACCCAGCUUCAAGAUGUCAAGCAACAGCAUAAGAAUUUACUCUCCGAGCAUGAACAGCUUGUAGUGACUUUGGAAGACCACAAGAGUGCACUGGCUGCUGCACAGACUCAAGUUGCAGAAUAUAAACAACUGAAAGAUACCCUCAACAGGAUUCCAAGCUUUCGAAAUCCUGACCCAGCCGAGCAGCAAAAUGUCACCUUUACCCAUGGGACUCACUCUACUCAAGGUCACAGUGUUAGAGAGAAGCUGACCGGAGAGCUACAAGAGGCACAGCAGAACCACGAAGCAGUGCCUGGAAGAACAGAAGAGAAACCUGUGUCUUCCAUUCAGAAGGAUGCAGGGUUUCAGGCUCUAGAAGAGCAGAACCAGGUAGAAGCCAGAGAGCCGGAGGAGCGCCAAGUGGAAGAGGAGCACAGGAAGGCACUGGAAGAGGAGGAGAUGGAGCAGGUGGGACAGGCAGAGCGGCUAGAGGAGGAACAUGACCCAUCCCCAGAGGAGCAGGAUCGGGAGUGGCGUGCCCAGCAGGGACAGAAUGCAGCCCACCUUCUGGACGGCCGCCCUCAAGCUGAGGUGGAGCAUUUGACCAAGGCAGCUACAAACUUCCGAUCCCCCUACGAGGAACAGUUGGAACAGCAGAGGCUGGCAGCAAGGAGAGACGAGGAAGCCCAGCGUCUGAGGGAACAUCAGGAAGCCUUGCACCAACAGAGGCUCCAGGGGCAGUUGCUAAGACAACAGCAGCAGCAGCAGUUCCUGGCCAGAGAGAUGGCUCAGCAGAAGCAGACAGACCAGGAGGAUGGCCAGCAGCAGCACCAGGAACAGCUGAGGCAGCAAGCUCAUUACAAUGCUGUGGAGAACGACAUCGCACAGGGAGCCGAGGACCAGGGAAUCCCUGAAGAAGAGGGAGGUGCCUAUGAAAGAGAUAACCAGCGCCAAGAUGAAGCUGAAGGAGACCCAGGCAACAGACAGGAACUUAAUGAGCCAGGACACCAAGAAGGCGACCCUGAAGCUGAAGCAGAUAGGGCAGCUGUGGAGGAUAUAAACCCAGCAGAUGACCCCAACAAUCAAGGCGAAGAUGAAUUCGAGGAAGCAGAGCAAGAAAGAGAAGAAAAUUUGCCAGAGGAAAGUGAAGAACAAAAACAACGGGAAGCAAAGCAAGGGAAUGUAGAAAUGGAUGAGCACUUGGUGAUGGCCGGGAAUCCAGACCAGCAGGAGGAUAAUGUUGAUGAGCAGUACCAGGAAGAAGGAGAGGAAGAGGUUCAGGAAGAUCUGACUGAAGAGAAAAAAAGGGAAUUGGAGCAUAAUGCUGAGGAGACAUAUGGUGAAAACCCUGAUGAUAAGAACAAUGAUGUCGAAGAACAAGGAGUUCACAACGGGGCUCAUCCCAAAGGGAGACACGAGCAUUAUGAGGAGGAGGAAGAUGAAGAAGAUGGGGCCGCUGAGAAGCCACAUCGCAGAGCAGAAAUGUAACUGGUCCCAGCUUCUAGACUGUGCUCAGCCAACAAAUGUUUGCAGGCUGCUCUGAAACAAAUCCCGCCUACUGAAUUCCAGAGUAUUUAAUUACAGACAAAAGCAAGGGUUUAGACUUUUUUAACUUUUUUAUUAGAAAUGUUAUACAUUUAUAUGGAUAUAUUUUGAUACUUUAGGUGAGAACUUCUUUUAUAGUCAAGUUAAACAUAGACAAGAAGAAAAGCAGUAAGACUUGCCUUCAGGUCUGAAUCUCGUUUCUCAGCGAUGAUAGGAUGAUGUGCUGGCUUUUGUGCAUGUCUCAGCUUACUGCCAUCUUGUUUUACGGCUUCCAGGUAGUCUACUAUUUAUCUCAGAUAAAAUGCAAGAUAUAGAAAAAAAUGGUGUAUGGAAAAACACUGUGCAGAUGUCAAGGGAAUGGCUGGUGGCCUCGGCUGGUGGCCCAGUGGCUGUUCUUUCAAGUUCCUGUGUACAGCUCUGAAAGGAUGUCACUACUGCAGGGGGUUGGCAAAUGAGAGCCAUCUGCCCACUUAACAUGCAGUUAGAAAGGCUGUGUGUGUGUGUGUGUGUGUGUGUGUGUGUGUGUGUGUGUGUGAGAGAGAGAGAGAGAGAGAGAGAGAGAGAGAGAGAGAGAGAGGAAGAGAGAGAGAGAACAAAGACCUUUUUUUUCAAACGUUCAGGUCACUUAGAAGAAUUAUGUAGCAAUGCUUAAAAUCACAGCUGUCUUGCUUGAGAGGAAUCAAGUUUGAAAGUUGAAUGAUCUUAAUACCCCUGUGAAAGUAUCAUGAACUCAGUCCUGUUAGAGAGGCCAAAGGAGUUGACACCCUUAGAAAUGUAGCAUGCACUCCCAGUCCCCAUCAUUUCUUCUCUAAAGUCUCCUAGUUGUCUGCUUGCUCAUGUAUCCACUUUCUACAGCGUAUCGUCCUCUCUUAAGCUCUGUGCCUUGGUAUGUAACCAUGCGCUUCAUAGUUAGGGAUCGGAAAGCAUGCAGAGCUACAGUGUAAUAGGAUUAUUUUUCACACUAUAUGGUAAAAUAUCUGUAGCACCAUGAUAGACACCCCACCCUUAGAGGCUUUACUAUUUACCCAGAAUUGACCUGCCUUUGCCUAUGUACUCAGUAUUCUAAUGACUAUAAAUAAGAAUACAUAACCUUAAAAGGAAACUCAAACUGGAAGUUUUCCCCUGAAAUGAGCACAUGUUUUAAUUUAGAUCAUUGAUAUUGUUAAAUACAUUGAACCGGCUCACAGUUAAUCAGUGUGUGGGUACUUUCAAAAUAAUAAAAGCAAAUUUCAUUUCCUGCUAUUAUCAUAUGAGUGUAAUUUUAGUUUUUAAUAACCACACUCAUAUAUGGUUUUGAUUUUCCCAGCUGAGCAAUUGUGUAUGUAUGGAUAGAAAUGUUCUGUUCAAAUUUAGUUUGGAUUUCCAGUAGCCAUAAAUCAAAUCUCAUCUUUUUGUAUAAAAGCCCCAUACGUAAUGUAAAAUGUAUUAUAUUGUACAUAAAUACUCAGAAUACAAUUAUUUUGGUAAAUUAGUUUGUAUUUUUAAUGUCCCUUUACAGUAUUUAAUUAUUUGAAACAUAUUGAAACUUGGGUAAUAAUCAAUAAACCUAUAAAAAGUUAAGGGUAAGUCUUUUAAAGCAUAUAAUUUCUUAGUAGUUUGUGAUCUAUGGUUUUUCUUUAUAGGACAAUAUAAAUUAAUGAAUUAUUAAAUGCUUUCCAAAACUGCUUUAUUUUUCUUUCCUUUUCUGCUUUGAUUGACACUUGGCUUCUCAUCAUCAAACCCUUUUCUUAAAGAAGAAGUUAAUAAUUUUCAUUGUCUUUAAGGGCUAGAAAUAAGAAAUUGAACUAGAAAACUAUGUAAAUGCAUGAGUGUCGUAUCCACAAUUCAUAUGUAAAUCUGGUCAUUAAAGCAACAAUCACAAACCAUUCUAGAAUAUUUCUAACACCUUGUUCAAAGAACAUUCUAGUGGGAACAAAAUCAGACCGUGUUUCCAUUAGUGACCAGAAUAGAUGUAAAUGAUCACAAAUUCAUCUUGCCAAUUAUUCUGUAACUUUUGGUUGGCCACAAGUCAGUGGAAGGCUGGGGAGAGGGCUCAGUUCAGCGCUUCCUUUAUAAACAUGAGGACUUGAGUUACAUCCCUAGCACCCACCCAGAGAGCCAGGUACAUCUAUCAUCUUAGCAUUGAGAACGUAUAAAGAAGAGCAUCACUGGGGCUCAGUGUAGCUGAAUCAGUGAGUUCCAGCUUCAAAGAGAGACCCUGACUCAUACAAAACAAGAUCCUGAUAAAUGAAGAUACCUGGUGUGGAUUUCUGGCCUCCACAUACACAGAAGUCAAAGUAUUUCAUGCCUGUGAUUUAUUAGAAGGAACAGAAAGCACUCAAUUCGGCAUAUGUGCAGUGUAGCACAAAGGAGCACACACACAUGUAAUGACUGGUUAUUUGCAAGAGUGAUCAGAUAAGAUCUAGCAAUAUAGACUAUAACUUUAGCCACAGGCCCCAGUGACUCACUUUUACCAAGGAAAAUGACUUACAUGUAUUGAAUGACUUACAUGCAGAUACCGUGUGGGAACUAGGUGGGAAACCCCUCCAUUCCCGCUGCUCCAUUAACACUGAGGGAUUACUCUUAAGGUUGAUGAAACUGCCGCUGAAACAUCUGAGAUUGUUUACCUCUUCUGAAUUUAUCAUUUUGUGUGUUUCUUUGAUGACAUUGUAAUCUAUUCAUAAUAUGGCAAGUUGCACAGGAGUAACUUAUGUCACUUCUAGUUAGAUGCCAUCCCACAGCGGUUCUGUCUGUUCCCUGAUUCCUUCGUAUGUGUUUCCUGGCUAGCUGUUCUCUCAAUGGUUUGAAUAGGUUUGGCCCCAUAGAUGUAUGUGUUUGAAUGCAUGGCCCACAGGGAAUGACACUAUUAGGAGUCGUGUCCUUGUUAGAAUAGGCAUGGCCUUGUUGCAGGAAUUGUGUCACUGUGGCGGUGGGCUUUGAGGACUCCUAGGGCUUAAGCUCUACCCAGAGUGGAAAGAGACACUCCUUCUAGAUGCUUGCAGAACAGGCUUUUCUGGCUGCCUUCAAGACAUAGAAUUCUCAGUUCCUUCUCCAGCACUGUGUCUGCCUGCAGGCUGUCAUGAUUCUAGCCAUUAUGAUAAAUGGAUGGAACUGGAGAACAUUAUCCUAAGUGAGGUAACCCAGUCUCAAAAGAUCACUGAUGGUAUGCACUCAUUGAUAAGCGGAUAUUAGCCUAGAAACGGAAUACCCAAGACAUAAUCCACAUAUCAAAUGAUGACCAAGAAGAGGGAACUGAUUUUAAGUUGGAAUAUGCUUAGUGAAGAGUGAAACUCUGCAUUGAGAAGUCAUCACCACCCAGGGAGAGCAGCUAAGUACAACCCAGAGAAGGAUAACCACGUCUGCAUUCUCCUAAAACUUUAUGUAAACAGAAAGCAGGAUGUGUCUGGCCUGCCAACUAUAGAAUACUGAUCUGUGUGGCAUAAAGACUCUGGUGAAAAUAUUAUCUCCGUAGGAAACAAGAUUUUGGGGUCUUCAUAUAUGGCUCUCUAUCCCAUUUUAUUGUCCCUUUGACUUUUUAGUUGGCAAAUACCCAACAGUCUCUGGGAUGCUACAUAUGUACACCAUUUUAAGUGAUUGGAAACAAAAUAUAUUUGUCCUUUACCAUCUUGGCUGACCUUGUUCUCCCCAUUCUCUGUAUGUUACUAAUGGAGCUUGAAAUUAAAUGUCAUUUCUGUGUA